AUGCGCGGCCCGUUGGGCUUGUCGGCAGCAAAGGCCUGUCAUGGUCCGGCAAACGGAGCCCUCUUUGCGCUCAUACAAUCCCCUCGUUUGCACUCCACAACGGCCCCAAUCGUGUCGAGAGCAUUCACGACAAACCCAUGCCCGAUAUCAUUCGUCGCCUCUCGAGCACCGAGCUGGAAUGGUUGCCUACCACGUUCAACUUCAACGUCAACUUCGUCAACUCCGACGUCAUCGCCAUUCCUUGUACGCUUCGCAACCGCAGGCACCACGCGUCGCAAUGGCCUCACACAGUCCCCCAUCCGCAUGUUCACGACGUCCCAACUACUCGCAGAGGCUACGAGUAAUGCCAAGCCGGUGAAGCAGCGGCUGUCCUACCGACAGGAGAUCAAGGAAAGGGGCAUCAUGGACCUCGAGGAGAAUGACGGUGACGCAGAAGAGCAAGGCUUUGCAAAGUCGGAAAAGGCGACGCAGGCAAAGCAGGUCAACAUGAGUGCCAAGCUCAGCAAAGAUGGAAGCGGAUCCGGAGGCGCUCCAGGCGGCAUGCGUGAGAUUGUGAGGCUGAUCAAGAUCGCCCGCCCGGAGCUGGGAACGCUAUCGUGGGCCUUCCUCUUCCUCAUCUUUGGCUCCGCUAUCUCUCUGUCUGUCCCCUUCUCCAUUGGCCGAAUCCUCGACGCUGCAACACAAACGGAAAACACCGACGGCCUACUCUUUGGACUCCAUCCCUCGGCCUUUUACUUUGCCUUGGCUGGCGUGCUGACAGCGGGUGCGAGUUUCAACUUUGGUCGUAUCAUCAUUCUACGUAUUGUGGGAGAACGCAUCGUGGCCCGCCUGCGCUCGCAAUUGUACCGCAAGACCUUUGUGCAAAACGCAGAGUUCUUCGAUGCCAACCGGGUUGGAGACCUCAUCUCCCGUCUGGGUUCGGACACCAUCAUCGUCGGCAAGAGCAUCACACAAAACCUGUCGGAUGGGCUCAGAGCGCUCGUCAGCGGUGCUGCUGGUUUUGCCAUGAUGGGAUUCGUCAGUCUGAAGCUCACCGGUAUCCUCGCUCUGAUUGCCCCACCAGUGGCUCUGGUCGCCUUCUUCUCAGGUCGUGCACUACGAAACCUCAGUCGUAAGAUUCAGAAGAACUUGGGAACAUUGACCAAGAUUGCGGAGGAGCGACUGGGCAACGUACGAACAAGUCAGGCCUUUGCUGGCGAGGUUCAGGAGGCUGCUCGAUACAACCGCCAAGUCAAGAGAAUAUUUGCAUUGGGAAAGAAAGAGGCCAUCAUAGCGGCAACCUUCUACGGUAGUACCGGACUGAUGGGCAAUCUGACCAUUAUUGGGAUGCUGUACGUUGGAGGUAACAUGGUGAAGACCGGCGUCAUCUCCAUCGGUGAACUCUCGUCGUUCCUCAUGUACACCGUCUAUGCUGGUUCCAGCAUGGUUGGUCUAUCUGGGUUCUAUGGUGAGAUGAUGAAAGGAGUGGGAGCUGCCAGUCGUCUCUUCGAGCUUCAAGAUCGCAAUCCAACCAUUUCGCCCACAAAGGGUCUGCCGGUCAAGUCUGCGCGCGGCCCAAUCGAGUUCCACAACGUCUCCUUUAGCUACCCGACGCGACCAGCAGUGACCAUCUUCAAAGAUCUCAACUUCAGGAUCGAACAGGGAACGAAUGUUGCCAUCGUGGCGCCUAGUGGAGCUGGCAAGUCCACCGUAGCAAGCUUGCUCCUGCGCUUCUACAACCCUACCAGCGGUACAAUUACCAUUGAUGGAAAGGACGUUACGAAGAUGAAUGCAAAACAGUUAAGAAGGAAAAUUGGUUUCGUCGGCCAGGAGCCUGUGCUGUUCUCGGGGACCAUUGCGGAGAAUAUUGCCUAUGGGGUGCCAGACGCGACCCGUGCUGAGAUUGUUGCAGCAGCGCGCAAAGCUAAUUGCCAAUUCAUCAGCGACUUUCCUGAUGGUCUCGAAACACAUGUCGGUGCCAGAGGUACCCAGCUAUCUGGUGGUCAGAAGCAGCGCAUUGCAAUUGCACGCGCACUCAUCAAGAAGCCUGAUAUUCUUAUUCUUGAUGAGGCUACGAGCGCUUUGGACGCAGAAUCAGAAACCUUGGUCAACCAGGCAUUGAGCAAGCUUCUCCAAGAGAACAAUACCACAAUCAGCAUCGCUCAUCGACUGUCUACAAUCAAGCGCUCUGAUCGCAUAAUUUGCAUUGAUGCCGACGGCAAGGUUGCUGAAGAAGGCACAUAUGAAGAGCUCACAAAGAACCCCGACGGUGCCUUCAAUAAGCUCAUGGAAUGGCAGUUGAAUGGAGGCGAGGUAGACACAAAGGCUGCCACAAAGCCACGGCCUGGCGACACAGAGCAGGUGGAGAGGGAGACUGAGCACGACCAAGAACAAGAAGCAAGUCGUAACCGCAUCUGA